AGUUCCCAGGCAGCAUCGGGACGCCACAAAAAAGACAUGCGCUGUUGACUUUUCAAAGGCUUUUAAAUUUUCGUGCAAAAUGGCUGCGCAGGUCGACCUGGUGUGUGUGAAAGUGGAGGAAAAGCCGAGGGACGGAGUGAAGACGGCGAGCAAAGAGAAAGAGAAGAAGAAAAAGAAGCGGAAGCGAGAGCGCUCACCGUGUGCAGAGAAACAGGCCGGCGGGGAGAAGGAGGCGAAAAAAAUCAAGUUCCAUCACCACAACCAACAACAGCGCGGAGUCCCGGAGCGGGAGACUUCACACGGGCUGAGCAGUAAAGAGCGAGCGGCAGUGCAGCACCACAACAACAACCACCAGCACCAUCACCACCAGCAGCAGCAGCAGCAGCGGAGCCCGAGGAAGGACCCGGCCGCGGGGUUUCCGCCCCGAAAGCCGCCUCCGCUGCUUCCCAGAGACGCCGCCGCUCCGCUCUUCACUUUCACUCCGCUUAAACUAGCCAAGGCCGAGAGCCGCCAGCGCGCCGCGCCGCCCGGGAAGCGCAGAGCCGAGAGGCAGAGGGAGAAGGAGAGGCAGAGGGAGAAGGAGAGGCAGAGGGAGAAGGAGCAGCAGCAGCAGAAAGCGGAGCUGAGCAACAGUCCGGCUGAGACAGAGCCCAAUAAUGAGAAUGGAAAGCCUCAGACCUUGGAGUACCUGCUGAAAAAGAAGAAAAAAAAGAAGAGGCACCGGGAAGACGAGCAAUGCAGCAAGCGAUUACGGACAUCUGACAAGGAGAUCCAGACCGAGGACUCCUCUUCGUUCACCGAUGACAAGACUGUCCUCGCCAACAUCAAAGAAGAAGAAGAACUCCGUCACCUUGGCUCGAACAAGGGUUCAGGCUCUCCUUUCCUCUCGCACCAGGACCACUCCAUUCGCAGCUCAUGCCUGAAGACAAGCUCGUGUUUUCGCAGGCUCCUCCACGAGGAGGUGCAGCCCAACGGUGGGGCGUCCAUCCUGCAUGCGUAUGCUGAUGAAAUCUCGCUCUUGCAACCGGGGGAGAAGGAGAGGUUUGCUCGCGAGUUCCUCGAGCUGGCUUUUAGUGAAAUUUCCAAAGGAGCAGCACGAUAUGCACUUUCUGUGGUGCAUGGCGCUGCUGCCUACCUCCCUGACUUCCUGGACUACUUUGCGUUCAACUUCCCCAACACACCGGUCAAGAUGGAGAUCCUUGGAAAGAAGGACAUCGAGACCACCACUAUCUCAAAGUUUCACUCCCAGGUGAGUCGGACGUACUGCUCCGGGACAUAUCGAGCUGGCCCCAUGAGACAGAUCAGCCUGGUGGGGGCCGUGGACGAGGAAGUAGGGGAUUAUUUCCCGGAGUUCCUGGACAUGCUGGAGGAAUCGCCGUUCCUCAAGAUGACCUUGCCAUGGGGCAGCCUGUCCAGUCUGAGGAUGGACUGCCGCUCUCAGAGUGACGACGGACCCAUCAUGUGGGUUAGACCGGGAGAGCAGAUGGUUCCCACAGCCGACAUGCCCAAAUCUCCGUUUAAGAGGCGCAGGUCCAUGAAUGAGAUCAAGAACCUGCACUACCUCCCGAGGACGAGUGAGCCACGUGAGGUUCUGUUUGAGGACCGGACGAAAGCACACGCUGAUCAUGUGGGCCAGAGUUUUGACUGGCAGAGCACGGCUGCUGUGGGGGUCCUCAAAGCCGUGCAGUUUGGAGAGUGGAGUGACCGGCCGAGGAUAACCAAAGAUGUUGUGUGUUUUCAUGCAGAGGACUUUAACGACGUCGUGCAGAGGCUUCAGCUCGACCUGUAUGAACCUCCUGUAUCUCAGUGUGUGCAAUGGGUGGACGAUGCGAAGUUGAACCAGCUGCGGCGUGAGGGAAUCCGGUAUGCGCGCUUGCAGCUGUGCGACGACGACAUCUACUUCAUCCCACGCAACGUCAUCCACCAGUUUAAGACGGUGUCGGCUGUGUGCAGCCUGGCGUGGCACAUCCGCCUCCAGCAGUACCAUCCCAAAAAAGAGGAGGAGGAAGAGGAAGUUCACAAACCCAGUUCGCCCGUGAAGGAAAAGCCUGUUAACCGGACGUCGGCCACGUUGCACCCGCCUCAAGCGGACACUUCGCGCCCAGAGAGCGCACCUUCACUUGACGCGACUCCUCAAGCUCCCACAGUUCCUCAGGCUUCCCUCCACCCAGCAGCUCCAGGUGACUCUCUCAGCAACAGCAGCAGAAGCCUUCACUGAUUUCUCUCAGUGACCUGCAGGUGACUGCAGUCACUUUCACCUGUUAAUCAGUUUAACAAACUUGACUGACAUUCCAGGAAAGGAUUUGGACUGACAAAAACAAGACU